AUGUCGAACGGAGAAGAGUCACAUGUGAUGACGUUUCAGAUGCUUCCUGACGAUGUGGUAUUAAACUGUUUAAGCCGUAUCCCAAGAUUGCACUACCCGAGUCUUUCCUUAGUUUCCAAGAAAUUCCGUUCUAUCAUUGCUUCACGUGAGCUUUACGAAACACGUUCAUUCCUAGGCCGCACUGAGAGUUGUCUUUACGUGUCCUUACGAUUCGGUCUUGGCUCUAACCCACUGAUUUGGUUUACUCUCUGCCAAAAACCAAAUAGCUCUAGCAAAAUUUUGGUCCCAAUUUCAUCUCCUAAUUCUCCUUUUGAGCGCAUGUCGGGUGUUGUAGCGGUCGAUUCUAGUAUUUAUUCCAUAGGCGGUGUAACUAAUCCAUCGUCUAGAGUCAUGGUCAUGGACAGUUAUUCUCUCACAUAUCGUGAUGAUGCUCCAAGCAUGCGAGUGGCCCGUGUGUUACCAUCUGUUUGCGUUCUUGAUGGGAAAAUAUAUGUUACGGGAGGCUGCAAAAAUGCCGAUUCAACGAAUUGGAUAGAGGUUUUCGAUACCAAGACCCAAUCUUGGGAGUUUUUGCAGAUCCCUAGCGAGGAGAUAUGUAUAGGCUCUGAAUACAAAACCAUGGGAUAUGAAGGAACCAUCUAUGUGGGUUCUCAUGAACGGAAUGUGACUUACAAGGUGCAUAAAGGUAAAUGGAGAGCGGCAGACUUAAAGAUGCAUUGGGGAUGGUGUGGCAAACCCAUUUGUGUGAUAGAUAACGUGUUAUUCCAUUAUUAUUGUUGGAUGAUUUAUUGGUAUGACUCCAAGAAUAGAAUAUGGAUACCGUUGAAAGGUUUGUCUAGUUCUUUUAUGUUCCCUUUUAAUAUGGAAAGUGAUAUAUCAGCGGUCAGAUUGACGGAUUAUGGUGGCAACAUGUCGGUUUUAUGGGUGGUAUAUAAGACUAUUAACUACCAUACGGAGAAAAUAAUGUAUUGUGCAGAAAUUGCGAUUGAACGAGACCAAGGAGGAGAGAUUUGGGGGACGCUUAAGUGGUCUGACAUUGUGUUUGAAACCAACCAGCAUUAUUGGCUUGAGGAUGUUCUUGCUACUACUGUUUGA